AUGGACAAAGCAAAGGGAUUUCAGGUGAAAGUUGUGACCCCUGAGCAAUAUGUAACGACUGACUCAGUGGACAUUGUGGCUGGAAAAGGUGAUUGCCCAAAGGCUACAUGGCAGGUGAUAUUUCAUUACAUUGGCUAUAAUGAAUCAGGUCGACGGAUUGAUAGCACUUAUGCCCAGGGGUCUCCUGCCAGGAUCCGGUUAAGCACUAAUGCCUUGUUCCCAGGGUGUGAGGAAGGUCUGAAAGAGAUGAGGCCUGGUGGUAAGCGAAGGUUAAUCAUUCCUAAAGAGCUCGCUCCUACAGUUGGGCCUUAUACAUUCUUCAGUUCUAAACAGUUGCUACUCGAUGUCGAGCUCCUUAGUGUGCAGAACUGUCAACGGCAGACUAUAGGAUUUUCCUCAAACCUUGUAUGCUAA